GGCGGCCCCAUGGGCGGCGGCGCCGGCUCCUGCCUCUGCCCCCCGUCUCUGGAAGCCCGGGCAGGAAACGCUCCUCAUGUCUUCCAGAUAAAAAUAAAAGCGACUCGUCCCUCCCGGCCGCAGAGUGUCCCCGCGCCCGGCCCGACGCGGGGCUGAGCUGGCCCCGCCGCCCGGCAGCGCCUCUCCCCGCCGCCCGCAGCGCCGGGCCGCGCCGCCGCUCAUGGACAUCGCCUCGGGUCCCGAGUCCUUGGAGAGGUGCUUCCCGCGGGGCCCACCGGACUGCGCCAAGAUGCUGGACGGCAUCAAAAUGGAAGACCACCCCCUGCGCUCGGGGCCGGCCACGCUGGGAGUGCUGCUGGGGUCGGAGUGCCAGCACCAGGCCGUCUGCGAGGGCUGCCAGCGGCCCAUCUCGGACCGGUUCCUGAUGCGGGUGAACGAGUCCUCCUGGCAUGAGGAGUGCCUACAGUGCGCCGCGUGCCAGCAGGCGCUCACCACCAGCUGCUACUUCCGGGACCGCAAGCUCUACUGCAAGCAGGACUACCAACAGCUGUUCGCCGCCAAGUGCAGCGGCUGCAUGGAGAAGAUCGCGCCGACGGAGUUCGUGAUGCGCGCCCUGGAGUGCGUGUACCACCUGAGCUGCUUCUGCUGCUGCGUGUGCGAGCGCCAGCUGAGGAAAGGCGACGAGUUUGUCCUCAAGGAAGGGCAGCUGCUCUGCAAAAGUGACUAUGAGAAAGAGAAGGACUUGUUGAGCUCGGUCAGCCCAGACGACUCAGACUCAGUCAAGAGUGAUGAUGAAGAUGGAGAUGUUAAGCCCACCAAAGGCCAAGUAACCCAAGGAAAAGGAAGCGAUGAUGGGAAGGACCCCAGAAGGCCCAAACGACCACGGACAAUACUCACCACCCAGCAGAGACGAGCCUUCAAAGCUUCCUUUGAGGUCUCCUCUAAGCCCUGCAGAAAGGUCAGAGAAACGUUGGCAGCUGAAACGGGGCUCAGCGUGCGAGUCGUCCAGGUCUGGUUCCAAAACCAAAGAGCAAAGAUGAAAAAGCUGGCACGAAGGCACCAACAGCAGCAGGAGCAGCAGAACUCGCAGCGACUAGGACAAGAAGUAAUGUCCAACCGAAUGGAAGGGAUGAUGACAUCUUACACACCACUUGCACCACCACAGCAGCAGAUUGUAGCAAUGGAGCAAAGCAGUUAUGGCACAGACCCAUUUCAGCAGGGUCUUACACCUCCACAAAUGCCAGGCGACCACAUGAACCCCUAUGGAAACGACUCCAUUUUUCAUGAUAUCGACAGUGAUACCUCUUUAACUAGCUUGAGCGACUGUUUUCUUGCCUCUUCCGAAGUUAACUCCAUGCAGGCUAGAGUAGGAAAUCCCAUUGACAGGCUGUACUCUAUGCAGAGCUCCUAUUUCGCCUCAUGAAAAUAAAGGAAGCCCAGUGCCGGCGUUGCUCAGCCCGGGAUGUUUCCAGUGCAGACUCUACAGCCAUAUGUUGCCCAGCUCUUCCUUCACAGUGACUCUGCUGCCUCUGGACUGCAAAGAGCCUUUUUUUAGGAAGACUGUCUCUGUUUGCAUAUAUGUGUAUGUAUGUAAUACAUUUUAAUACCUGCAUACAUACAUAUAUAGAGAGACAAAACACAUCCACCCGACCCGUCCCCUUGGUUCCCAGCUGGCGCCAGACCACGAGACAAGCACGGAAGGAACAGAAGAACCUGCUCAUCCUCAGCCUUUGAUCUGGUUUGGUUUGAGCUCAUCAUCUUAAAGGAAAUGGAUUUUGUGGAAAGCUAGACCUUUUCCUCCUCUCUCUCCUCCUUUCUUUUGGAUGUCUAAACUUUUUUUUUUUUUUUAGCCACUGAUACUGACAUCAGACAACCAUAUGACAAAUAAAUCAAAGAAACUGGAGAUUCCUCCUUUUCUUACUGCAUGAUUCAUACUAUGUUGUGGAUAAAUUGCCAUUUGAACUGUGAGAAGUUAAUGUAAAUGUGACGUUCAACAUUUGUUUCCUUUCUACACUUUUUUCUACAUAACCUCGAUCUGCUCAUUAGUUUAUAGCCCUUAUGCAUAUGAUACUGAGGAAACUGGUUAACAGUAUUUGUGGAGAAAGCCAGUGAUUUCAGAGUAAGAAAGGUCUAUGACCCUGGAGAGGAGAUGCAUGUUAGGGGCAGAGGCAUUUAGGUUAGUAUUGAUCUUAAAUAAUUAAAACUAAAGGUGCUUACAAGACAGAUUUAUUUAAUUUUUUUCUGAAGUGUGAGAUUAAAAACAUUUACAUUUGUUUGUAAGUAUUGCAGUGCCAAAUUUCAAGUCUAGACCAUGAUUGGCAAACAAGUGCUUUUCAUUCUGUUCUGUUUAUUUGUUUUGCAUGAGGCAUAAAUGUGCUGUUCUCUAUUGUCCAUCUGGAAUAAUUAAGCACUCCUUUAGUUGCCUUGCCUCAGCAAGAAUCAAGGAUGCACAGUUCUAGCCUGAAACACCAGGAGUCCUGAAAUGUGCACCAGCCAAGAACAGGAGACUAUGAAAGAAAUGAUGAUAGGAAGUUCAGGUAUGUUGGGCUGAAAUGUUCCCAGAGCCUGCCCAGUGCCAGGGCUGCUGGUGAGGUGCCAGCUGCUGGUCAGUGUGAGUGCUGCAAGAACACUGGCCAAAGGGAUGGCCCAGCUGAGCCCCCACGCUGAACUCGGAGUGUAUGGCAUAGAGAUCUUUGUAGGGCAUAAUAUACCCUAAAUAAUAAUAGUAUAGCUAUAAAUAUUGCCUGGUGAUAAAUAUAAUGUGGAGAGGCAGACAAGUACAGUCAUGGCUCUCAGUAGAGAAAACUUCACGGGGAAUAUUUGCCAGGGUAAUAUCAGUAAUUAUAGGGUGUGUUCAAAAUAGAGUUCAUGGGGAAAGAUUGGCAGGAUAGGCACUUUCUUAAAUAAAUACCUUUAAUAUAUUGACCAUAAUAGCUGAAAAACAAGUCCAAAGCUUUGGUUAAUCUAACUCCCCCAGGCUGAGGACUGGUACCAGGCCAGCAUGGCAGUGUCCCCGUGGGGCUUGGCACCUUCUGGGAGUGUCACAUGGAGGGAGAGGCCAGAGCAGAGCCUGCAGCCUCAGCCCCUGGGGAGGGAGCAGCCCUGCUGGGGGACUGGGGCAGCCUCAGGGAGCCCAGCUGGCACCCCCAUCUCUCAGAACCCCUGCUCAGAGGCACGGCUGGCAAGGACACCAUGAGGGGUCCAGGAGAAAAAUGCCAAUUUCCCCCAGCAUGGAAGUGUGGACUGAGCAUGGUGGAGGUUUCUUGAGAAAGCCAAGUUUUAUCUGCAGGGUAAGUGCACAGGUUCUCACUCCUGAGAUGACGAGAGCACCAUGGAUGAGGCUCUACAUAUGUGUGUGUGUGUGUGUGUGUCUGUCAGUCUGUAUGUCUGUGUGUCUGUGUCUGUGUGUGUGUGUCUAUAUCUGUGUGUCUGUGUGUCUGUCCGCGUGUCUGUGUGUCUGUGUCUGUGUCUGUAUCUCUGUCUGUCUGUCUGUCCAUGUGUCCGUAUGCCGCACACAGCCUCACUCAGGGUGGCGCUGGUGGCUCUGCAGGGGACGCUCCUGUCCCUGUCCCUGUCCCUGUCCCUGUCCCUGUCCCUGUCCCUGUCCCUGUCCAUGUCUUUUCCUGUCCGUGUCUGUGUCCAUGUCUGUGUCCAUGUCCUGUCCCUGUCCUGUCCCUGUCCCUGUCCCUGUUCCUGUCCCUGUCCUGUCCCUUUUCCUGUCCCUGUCUUUUCCUGUCCGUGUCUGUGUCCGUGUCCGUGUCCGUGUUCGUGUCCCUGUCCUGUCCCUGUCCCUGUCCCUGUUCCUGUCCCUGUUCCUGUCCCUGUCUGUGUCACUGCUGUCCCCAGGAAGGUUUGGCUGUUGUGUCCCUGUGCUUUGCCUAGUGACCAUUCCCUGCUUUCUGGCAAGGAUGUGGUUUUGACUGAGUGCUGUGAGCCCCUGGAUAUAUUUUGAAUGUGAAAUUAUUUUCUUUUCUUACCCAUCCAGUUCAAGCAUUUUCCACUUUCCUUGGGUACCAAAAUAAAUAACAUUUUCCUUUCUCUCUGCAUGAUAGCAAACAUCUAUAAAGAACUCAGGUGAUCCUCCCUUCUUGCAGGGCAGAAGCAAGCAGGUUUCAUAUGGCUCAUGUAAACAUUUAUCAUUUGUCACUACCCAUCUCAAUGGAUUCAUCAUUUCCCUCCUCUCCCCUCUGCUGUGCUACUUCACAGUCAUAGGAAAACCUCUCAGACACACCCGUUUGUAGACUCCUCACACAGGCACAGCCUUGCUUCAGAGCUCGUUAGUGGCAGGAUCAAAAUGGCAUUUUUGGUGUUUACAGGGACUUGUAUGAGAACUAUAAUGUGACCUACAGUUUGGAGAACAGCCUUGUCCCAACUCUACCUCUGCAUCUGGGAUGGGUGAAAAAUAAUCCAUCUCCAAGGAAAAAAAUCAGACCUCCCAUUUUAUAGCUGAAGCAUAAUUCUUUGUUGAUUUUUUGGAUGACUGUUUGCCACCUUUUUCUUUCAUGCUUGUACAUACUCUCUCCUCUCCCCUGGUGUGUCGUAUGAUGAUGCCUUAGCUGUUUGCUGCCCCAUGUUCUGCCACCUUUGGAGCCACAUCCACUCACACAUUCAGGCCCUUGGCAGGUGUAACGUUCUCCAUGCCAUGGUGGGCCACUGCUGGUCCAGGGAAGGAAUGCAUAGGCAAGGAUUUCCAGUGGGCCCGUGAUAGCUGGCAAAGGCCAAAGUUCAUUAAAGUAAAAUAAAUGUCACUUUCUUUUUGUGGAAUAAAUUACCCUACUGGAGUGUGAUCAUUGUGGUUUUAACCUGGGACCUUGCAGUAAAAGAUUAUACAGCAACCUCUGACCUCUUUGAUUUCUGCUUUGCUCUUCUGUUGUCAAGGGAAUGUCCCCAAUCAGGUGACAGUAAAAUGUUUAAUGGGCCAUAUCACAGUAAUAUCUUACAUCGAGUCAAAUUGAUAAACUCUUGCCAAAAAUUCUUAGCAUCUGGCACUUCCACGGAAACCACAAACAAUGAUUGCACAUAUGGGAGCUCGAAGGCCAGAGGUCAUGACAGCAGUUUAUUACAUGCACCUUACAGUGAU